AUGCCUUCGCACAAUGACGACGUCCAACGACCCGCACGGCAGCGCGCGAACACGAGCAUCCUCUCCUUUGGCUGGCGUCGCGGCGGCCGCCCCGAGCCCUCUGUCUCCGCCCCCGCCCCGCCCCUCGUCUCGUCUCCCCUGCAGUGGGAAGACCUGAUCCAAGCGCUCACUCCUCCCGCCGUCCCCUCCCUCAGCUACGCAAAAUCGCUCGCGAGUGCCCUCGGAGCCCUCGGUACGCACUCUCCGCCUCCCCGUCUCUCCGUUCUCCAGCCCGUCCUCGCCACCCUCUGCGCCCCCGACUCUCCCCCCGCUCUACAAACGGCCGGUUACGACAUCCUCGCCGCCUUCCUCGAAUCGGGACCCACAAUCGUCUCGACUGCCGAUCGCCUCUCCUGCCUCGCUCUCUUCCACGACGCACCAUGGCUCCAGGAGCUCUGGGACUCGCGCACCAAAGCGUUCAAGGCCCUCAUCAAGUCCGCAGAGCAGACCAUCGGGAUGGAGUCCCAGAUCCUCCGCAUGCUCGAGAGCUGGACCGAGCGCGCGUUCGACGGUCUCGUGAGCACCAGCACCAGGCUCGAACGGCAGCGCAGCGUAGAAACCCUGAUCGCGCUCCUCAACGCCGUCGUACGCAAGCCCGAGCUCGUCGCGCGCCUCACGGACGAAGACACUAUGGGCGUGCUCCAGCAUUGGGAGCGCCUCCUCGACAAGGCGUUGGCCGUCCCCAGCGAUUUGCGCUCUCGCCCUCCACUCCCCCUCCUUGAACCGCAGUCUUCCAAAACGAUGACGCCGCCCAAACUCCCGAUUGCCCACCGGCGACAUCACUCUUCCACCUCCCUCCCGAAGCUCUCCUUGCUGAAGCACCCCGCGGACCUCAUCCCGGCGCACUCCCACCAGAACAGCCUCGAGCAGCGCAUAUCCGUCGUCCUCGCAAAGCUGGUCGGCGGGCCCUACGCGUCCGCGUGCAAGCUCCUCAUGAAGCGCCACUUCUUCCCCUCCUCCGAGGCCGGCUUCCCCGCCUCCGUUCAGACCUCGACGGGCGCGCUGCGCACUCUCCGCCUCUCGGUCCGCGGCGUGCUCGAGAGUCGGCUCGCGCGUGCGUACAUCGAACACAUGUCGUCGGUCGCCUACUCACCCGCCGGGCUCCCUGCGCACCUCGCAGUGGAACGCGGGCUGAUGGAGCGCGCGUGGGCCAAGGACGAGACGUCCGCGUGGGAGCUCACCCGGUUCGCGAACGUGCUCUCGCGCGCGACGCGUGCGUGGAUCUCGCAGAUCCAGGAGGUCUAUUCGACCGAGGUCGCGCCGCGCAAGGAGGACGUGUUGCUCGAGAUCGCGGCGAUUGUCAAGGACGUCAUCCAGGCGAUGGAGGAGCGCAGCGAGGGCGAAGAGGUCGACGACGAAGAGGUCGAGGCGGUGGGGCGCAUCACGCGGGAGCUCGCCAUAUACGUCCGGUCGCAGAAGACAGCGAACCGGGAGCUGGUGCCCAUAUCCAUCCUUCGCCCAGAAGGCUCGUCGCCGUUUCUCACUGCCAUAACCCCGCUAUUUCCUGUGCUACCCUCCAUCAUCCUUUCCGUCGGUGACCACCUACCCGAUGCCGAUCUAUGCAAUCGCCAGAGCUUCUCGCCCACGUCUUUUGUUUUGUCACUCUCAAAACAGGCUAUGGGCCAUCUUCAAUCCGUUUGGGAGUUUGUGAAGGACAUCCCGGCAUACCGGAAGCCGCUGGCGACUCUGGUCUUCGAUGUGUGGAAGCGACACUCCGCGGACGAGCUGGAAGACUCCAGUGCGCUCGUCGCCGUCCUCCGCCUCGUCGAGAAACACGCGUGCGAAGCGGAACCUGGGUUCUGCGAGGACAUCCUCAAUUUCCUGCUCACACUGGCGCGCGAGGCGCGACAAGACGACGAAGAUGACGCGGCGUCGAUCAUGACCGUUGACCCCUCCACAGCGACGACCUCUCCGACCCUGUCGCGGAUGACCACCGUUACCGACCACUCAACGCCAUCACGAGAGAACCCGAACUCGUUCAUGAACCUGAUCUCCUCAUUUACCACCGCCAUGCCCUCACGCUCGACCUCCAAGCCUCGUCGCACCACAAACGAGAUGCCCGCCCCUAUCGAAAUUUCCCCACCUCUCCCCUCAGAUCCCUACACAUCAACACCCCGUUCGGUGGGCGCUGUCAUCGCCCUUGUCUCCGUGUUCACCCAGCUCGUGUUCACCCAUCUCGCGCUGUCCCAGUGCAGCCUGAGGCACGCGAAGCGCGCCUUCCAGCACCUCGUGGAGCUCAGCAGCGGCGCCGGCUGCGUCCGCGCCCGGCUCGUCGUCCUCCAGUUCCUCAUGCGCCUCCGUGUCGACCGCGACCACCGGCUCUACUUCGCGCUGGAAGAGUACGACAAGGACGGUCACGUUGCCUCUCUCGCCGCGCUCGUCGGCCGCGCGGAGCUCGGACAGGGCACCGUCGAAGACAUGCUCAAGGACGACGACUUCCGGCGGCCGCAGGCGCGCGUACCUGGGGAGCGCGACGGGCGGCGGUCAUCGCGGGGACGGGGCGGGCAGCCGCGCAUGGACGGGAGCCGGAGCCGGUCGCGCGUCCCCGCGGUACGCGCGCUCGCGCCGACGCUCACCAAACCGAAGGCGCGCGAGCCGAUGUGGGCGCUGCCGGAGGUGCUCUCGUUGUCCGUCGCGGCGUCGGACGUCGCGAGCGAGGGGAUGAUGUCGUACGACCCGGCGAGCCCCGGGCAGGGCGACAGCCACCUGUUCUGCGGCCCACGCUCGAAGAAGACCGUCUCGGGGCUUCUGGCGGUGCUCUGCACCGGACUCUCGGAGGGCACGCUCGGGCGGCAGAUCGAACGGUGGCCAGAGGGCAUCAUCUCGCGCGACGCGCAGGGGCUCGCCUUCCACACGCUCACGGUGCUCAUCAGCUACCAGCGCUGCUUUGAGAACGCACAGCCUUGCACCAUCUCGUCGAGCGGGCAGCCAUCGACGCAGAAGUGCUGCCUGCACGCACUCUCGCUGUGCGCGUUCGAGCUGCAGCCGUCGAUGACCAAGUACCUCUCGCGCAUCAUGGAGAAGCUCUCGCAGAUCAUCUCGAACCCGGCCGUCGCGGUCCACAUCAUCGAUUUCCUCGCCAUCGUCGGCUCCCAGCGCGCGCUCUACGUCAACUUCAACGAGUCCGACUUCAAGAUGCACGUCCGCAUCAUGUCCUACUACAUCACCUACGAGUGGUUCCUCGCCGUCGACAUGCCCGACCGCCACCGGCACGUCUCGUACAUCGUCCGACAGCUCCUGCUCGCCAACGGCGGCAAGGGCGACGUCGACGCGGCGACCGAGGUCGCGUUCGACUGGCUCGCGCGCUACACGUACGCGAGCGCGGACCCGCGCCCGUCCACGUCGACGCUCGACAGCCUCGUCAUGGAUGAAAGCCUGCAGGCAGCACGCGCGGAGCCCGCCCUCGGCGAGAAAACGUGGAUUCUAGGGAACUCGAUCGUCACCAUCCGCGCGCUCGCAAAGCGCGGCUGGAUCGAGGUCCUCUCGCGGCGCCCGUCCGGGCUCACCAAGUUCCUUGUCCGGUCCGAGAACGUGCCGAUGGUCCCGCUCGGCGACGUCGACCCGGACCUCGUCUCGCUCUCCGCGAUGUUCAUGAUGGAUCGGGAAGACGACGGGGACCCGGUGACGGCCGACGACUCGACGGAAGACCUCAACGGAAGCGUCCCCACCCUGCCCGACCCCAUUACCGGCUACGUCUGGAGUCGCAGCGCGCCGUCCCAGAGGCGGAAAGAGGUCGCGCUCAUCUACCUCCGCGGCCAAGUCGACUACGCGUACGCAUGGUGGGACGACAUCGGCCAAAUCCUCUUCCACACCGCGACGCUAAUGCCGACGGGCGACGACCCGCGCGGGACGGCGAAGAAGGCGCACAUCGGGAACGACCUGGUCCGGAUCGUGUGGAACGACUCGGGAAAGCCGUACCGGUUCGACACGCUCAAGACGCAGUUCCAGUUCGUGAACGUCCACGAGUACUUCAAGGUCACCCUCCAGCGCGCGCCCGGCAUGGUCGAGUUCACGCCGAUCGGCGACUUCAAACUCAUCUCGGCCGAGAACCUGCCGAAGCUCGUGCGCCAAGUCAGCCUGCUCUCCGACUGGUUCGUCUCCGUCUGGCAGGCGACCGGCAUGAACACCCGCCAGGAGGAGGUCGUCACGAACUGGCGCGCCCGGCUCGACGACAUCCGCCGCUUCCGGGACCAGGUCAUCGCCGCGGAGCCCGUCCCCGAGCCCGAAGACACGCUCACGCAGCAACAGCGGUUACGAGACUUCACGACAGCUUACUGA